GCUUCUCACACCAACCAAUAGCAAUAACACAUAUGGCAUCCCGCAUUAAAAUUCUUACCUGCCUGAAAAAACUCCGGUGUCCUCUUUCCCAGUAUAAAGCAGCCUAGCUGGUAGGCUGAGGCAUUGCUACAAAUAUAUCCCAUCAUACUCUUCUCCCUCCGUCUGCCACCUCCCUCCAUUGUUUUCUCCUCUUCAAACAUGGUUUCUUGCAAGGAUGAUCAAAAUUUGGUCUAUGACAUUAAACUAUCAUCUGCUGUGCCGGGUCGUCCUACUGGUUCGGACGUGAUUCACGAGCUCAGUGGCAUGGACUUGGCCAUGAAGCUUCCCUAUCUGAAAGGUGUCUAUUUUUUUAGCAGCCAAGCAUGCCAAGGAUUGACCAUUAUGCAAAUUAAGGGAAGCAUGUUUUACUGGCUUAACGACUACUACACAGUUUGUGGCCGCUUCCAGCGAACGGAGGCUGGACGGCCAUACAUGAAAUGUAGUGACUCUGGUGUGAGGAUUGUAGAGGCUCGGUGCAGCAAGACUGUCGAUGAAUGGCUAGAAACAAGGGAUUGUUCUCUUGACAAUCUUCUUAUUUACCAUUCACCUAUUGGUCCUGAAUUAUUUUUCUCUCCUUCGCUUUACAUGCAGGUAACCAAGUUCAAAUGUGGAGGAAUGUCCUUGGGCAUAAGCUGGGCCCAUGUAAUUGGAGAUGUGUUUUCAGCUUCAGAGUGCCUCAAUUCCUGGGGCCAAUUCCUGGCUGGUGUUAAGUCGUAUGGGCCUUUGAAACUCACAAAAUCACCCACUGGGCUUGAACGUUCCAAGAGCCCAUCUGUGGGUACCAAGGAACCCGUUUCUCUGAAACAGGUCGACCCGGUUGGCGACCUUUGGGUAACUGCCAAUAACCGCAAAAUGGAAACAUUUUCAUUCCAUUUAUCUGCUUCACAAGUAUCUCAAUUACACUCAAGGAUUUGGGGUCGGAGUGGACUUGCCAAGAUCCCAUUUUUCGAGUCGCUAUGUGCUAUAAUGUGGCAAUGCAUAGCCAAAGGUAAAGAUGGGCUUGAGCCUCAAGUUGUCACCCUCUGCAAGAAAGAUCCCAACAACCCUAAAGAUGGGAUUUUGAGCAACAGUCAAAUUAUAAGUUCAGUCAAGGCAGAUUCCUCAGUUGUGGACGCAGAUUUGAAAGAACUGGCCACGUUGCUGGUUGAUCAAGCCACAGAGGAGAAUAGCCAAAUUGAGGAGGCGGUGGAAAAGGAUAAUGGAGUAAUUGAUUACGUUGUGUACGGUGCAAAUUUGACAUUUGUGGAUUUAGAAGAGACUAAUUUUUAUGGACUGGAAUGGAAUGGACAUAAACCAGAAGCUGUGCACUAUAGCAUCCAAGGUGUUGGAGAUGAAGGAGCUGUUAUGGUACUUCCAUGGCCAAAAGAUUCAGGCACGGAUGGCAACAUUGGAAGGAUCGUGGUGGUAACUCUGCCUGAAAAUGAGGUGGUGAAGCUCAGAUUUGAGCUGCGAAAAAAUGGUCUGGUUCUUGAAGAUGACAUCGAUUCCUGAAUGACUACAAGGCUGAUUAAAUAUUGCCUGAAAUCAGCAGUACUGUGUGUAGUAGCGUUCAAGCUUCAGUUUUUUAGGACCUGCAUAUUGUCUGCUAAUGCUAUGCUUUGUCUCUCCAAACAUAAAUAAAAUAUGUAAGAAAUUCACCUAGUAGAAA